GCACGCCUCGCGGAUAGUUUAGUCUGGAAGUUGUGCCGGUCCGGAGACGUGGUGGUCAUCAUGAUCGAGCUGUACGUCGCCCUCGGCGUGCUGGCCGUCUGCCUGUACUUCAAGUGGAGCUGCAGCCACUGGCGCCGGGUUGGGAACGUCGACGGACCGUCACCGUUGCCACUGUUUGGGAAUACGCUGGAGCAGGUGCUCGGCACGAAGCACUUUGGCGAGAUUUUCGAUGAAGUUUACAAGUCGUACCCGUCGGCGGCGUGGGUCGGAAUCUACCAGAUGUUCAACAAGCCUUCGAUCGUGGUGCGGGAUCUGGAGCUGGUGAAGGACAUUCUGGUGGGAGACUUUGCGAGCUUCAACAAAAAUGCGUUUGAGGUGGACGAAAAGGUUGAUCCGCUGAUUGCGAUGAAUCCGUUCGUGCAGGACGGUGAAAAGUGGAAGGAGAGGCGUUCCGCGUUGAUACCGCUGUUUAGCGCGUCCAAGAUUCGUACCGUGUUCCCGAUCAUCAAGAAUGUGGCGGAGAACUUGCUGCAGCAUGUGACGGACACUCGGGGUGCCUCUCCGGACUUUGAAGCGAAAGAGAUGUGCGGUCGCUUCACGGUCGACUCAGUGUCAAGUUCGGCGUUUGGAAUCGACGCCGAGUCCAUUACCAAUCCGGACGGGGAGGUUGCGCGAAACUGCUUCGAGUUUUUCAACCCAAACUCUACGGCGUCGUUCGUGCGUUCAUUGCUGUUGAAUUUCUGCCCUAAGGUGGCUGCUGUGCUGAACAUCGGCUUUGUCCCCGGUCACGUGGCCCGCUGGAUCCAUGGCAUGGUCGGCGAGGUGCUCCGGCAGCGCCAAAGUGGCGAGGUCAAACGGCAGGACAUGUUCCAGGCGCUGUACGAGAGCCUCUCCAAGAACGACCAACCAGUGCGGGGCGAAGAAAUCGCCGGCCAUUCGUUGACCUUCCUGUCGGAGGGCUUCGAAACGUCCAGCACGUUGAUGAGCUAUCUGCUGUAUGAACUCGCCUCAAACCAGGACAUUCAAGAACGAGUCCUCAAUGAGCUGGACUCCCUACUAAAAGAUUCCAACGGACAGCUGACCGACGAAGUCGUUCAAAAACUAUCCUACCUCGAGCUGACCAUGUACGAGACUCUCCGGCUGCACUCGCCCGUCUUUGCGUUGAGCAAGGUUUGCGUCAAAGAGUACGAACUUCCGCCCCAGUACGGAACCGGCAACAAACGGGUUCGAAUCGCCCCCGGCACGGUAGCCAUCAUCCCAGUCUACGGAAUCCACCUCGAUCCGGAAAUCUACCCCGAUCCGUACAAGUUCAACCCGGACCGCUUCCUCGAGGAGAACAAAAAGGCCCGCCACCGGUACGCGUUCCUCAGCUUCGGCGAAGGACCCCGCAUCUGCCUGGGCAUGAAGUUUGGUCUGAUGCAGAGCAAGCUUGGAAUCGCGACGCUGUUGACCAAGUACCGGGUCGAGCUGUCCCCGAAGCAGGAGCUGCCGCUAGAGUUUUCCAAAACGUGCUUCCUGCUAGCGCCCAAGAACGGAAUUUGGGUGAGGUUCGUCGAGCGACGGUGAUCAUUCCAUGAAAUAAAUAUAAAAGAACCUCAA